AUGGGAGAUAAUGCUGAUCCCACCAUAUUGGUCUCUGGCGAUAAUGAUGUUUCGUCAUCGUCAGCCUUUACCAUACACGAACGAAAGCAAACAGACAGGGGCGUGUUUAUCUAUACUUCUUUCCAUGGGGAUGCUGGUCCACCUGCGCCUCCACCUCUUCCGGUUCCGCGGAUUGUUGACAAUACCGGCGAUGCGCCAGCUCAGUCAGGGGCAAGCGCCCUUAAUUCCGUAUUUGUGAUGGCGAACUCCACCGUCGGUGCUGGAGUCCUAUCACUGCCGUUUGCUUUCCAGGAAACAGAGGCCCUAACGCUGUACGUGCUGUCGAAAUUCGCGGAGCGUUAUUCCGCGGUAACCUACGUGGAGCUGGUGCGGAGGGCGCUGGGCCGCAAGCUGGCGGUGCUGCUGAGCGCGGUGCUGGUGGUGGCCAUGUUUGGCGCGUGCGUGGCAUACCUGAUCAUCCUGGCGGACAACCUCACAUCCCUGGCGGCUGCAGCGGGGCUGCCAGUCUGGAUCUCCGAUCGACACAAUGUCGUCGCAGUGCUGGGCUUGGGCGUGCUGCUGCCCCUGUGCUUACCUAGGCAAAUGAGUGCCCUUGCCGCGAUGAGCCGUGUGGCGGUGCUCGGAUUCCUGGUUGGGGCUGCACUGGUGUCUUUCCGAGGACUGCAGGGGCCAGCAAGCAUGGGGUUUCCGUGCAUCAUGUCGAUUCUUCUAGGUACGUCUCCACAGGUAGCUCUUGAGCGGCCCAAGCUGAUGGAGGGCGUCAAGCUGUUCAACAUUGGCUAUCAAACCCUCUUUGCCAUCCCCAUCGUCGUCUUUGGCUUCAACUGCCACGCGAUGGUGGUCACCAUCUUCCACGAGCUUGAGCGCUUUCGCUACAUUCCCCGGCCUAAGACCCGGAAGCUGGUGGGCAUGCUGGGGGUCAUCAUGGCCAGCUCCUGCCUGGUGAUGCUGGUGUACGUGGUCGUUGGGAGCACCGGAUACCUGGCGUUCCCCGGCCAUGUGGACACAAACAUCCUGAAAUCCUUUUCGUAUGGUGACGUGAUGUUGCAGAUUGCGCGCGCCUUCAUCACCGUCAUUGUGCUGGGCUCGUAUCCUCUUACCCACCACCCCGCGCGCGCCGGAUUUGAGCACCUGCCUGUCGGUGUGCCGUUUGUCCUGUCCAUCGCGUUUACUCUGGUUUUCGUGGUGGGCAGCACCGCGGUCGCUGAGGUCGUGUCAGAUCUGGGCUUCGUGCUUAACCUUCUCGGUGGUCUUUGCAUUUCCUUCAUUAUCUUCUUCAUUCCAGGACUGCUCCUCAUCAACGCCGCAAUAGUCAAGCACUCCACCGAGGUCCUGGAGACGCUUGAGGGCCAGGUCGACGACGAAGCUGACGUCACAGAUACGCAAUCCGCCGACCUGAAGCGUCCUCUACUCAUUAGACUACAAUCUGCCAGAGAGAAGGGCAUUAAGAAGGGUAUCACCUAUGCACCUCGGCUGUCGUGGAUGUUUGGUUCCCUACUUGUCGUUCUUGGCAUCCUUAUUGCGGGAGUAACUGUCUCAACUGUGUUACUUGGUAGGAGUUAA